AUUUUUUUUGCGUGCGACGUCAUCUUAACGCGAUGGCAUACAUUAGCUGACAGUAGUAAGCUUGCUCCGUUGUUUUUGAGUUUCUCUUCGUUCUUUUAAAAAUUCGGAUUCGUUUCGAACUGAAUCGGAACAAACGUGCAGCUGCGACGUAACUACCGAACAUGGUGGUUAACCCCGCGUCCACUCGUGAACUGACCGAGCUCGUAAAACUGACCUACGGAGGAGAAUGCCUUUGUUGGUUCGCUAGCUUUGGUGGAUAGCUGACCGCUAAAAGAAGAAGCAGUACAUAAAUGUCCAGUGGGUGAAUCUCGAGAGGAAUUCUUUAAGGACUGUUUUUUAGUGUCGGCUCUGUUGUGCCCGAUGAAGAAUUGUGAGUACCAGCAGAUCGACCCACAGGCUCUGACCGUCUCGCCGCUGUCGGUGCAGAACCACACCGAGAAGAAAGCCCAACGGCCGCGGAGGAAAUGGGAAGUGUUCCCGGGGAAGAACAGGUUUUUCUGCGAUGGAAGGCUGAUCCUAGCCCGGCAGAGUGGUGUCCUCCCUCUGACACUGGGCCUCAUCGUUGUCACAUGUGGCCUUUUCUUUGCGUUCGAUUGCCCGUUCUUGGUGGAGCAUCUGACCAUCUUUAUACCGCUGGUCGGAGGGCUUCUCUUCUUGUUUGUGGUCCUCUCGCUGCUGAGAACCAGCUUCACAGAUCCAGGGAUCCUACCCAGGGCCACAGCAGACGAAGCUGCAGACAUAGAGAAGCAAAUAGAUACCUCAGGAUCAUCGACGUAUCGCCCCCCUCCUCGAACCAAGGAGAUCCUCAUCAACCAGCAGGUGGUGAAGCUCAAAUACUGCUUCACCUGUAAGAUGUUCCGCCCUCCUCGGACCUCCCACUGUAGCCUGUGUGACAACUGUGUUGAGCGCUUUGAUCACCACUGCCCAUGGGUGGGGAACUGUGUGGGAAAACGCAAUUACCGCUUUUUCUACAGCUUCAUCAUCUCCCUGUCCUUUCUGACUUCCUUCAUAUUUGGAUGCGUCAUCACACACAUCACCCUGCGUUCUCAGACAGGCAAAAGCAUCGUACAAGCUUUUCAGGAGAGUCCUGCCAGCGUGGUGGAGCUAGUGAUCUGUUUCUUCUCCAUCUGGUCGAUUUUGGGCCUCUCAGGCUUCCACACGUACUUAAUAGCCUCCAACCUCACCACAAAUGAAGACAUUAAAGGUUCCUGGUCGAGUAAAAGGGGAGCGGAGGAUUCUGGGAACCCGUACAGUUACAACAACAUCAUAACCAACUGCUGCGUGACGCUGUGUGGCCCCAUGCCUCCAAGUCUGAUCGACCGAAGAGGUAUGGUUCCUCCAGACGAGGCGCUCCCCGCCGCCGCUGCAGCCUCUGACGUGGAGCUGCCGCCCUUCACGGCCAAGAACGAAGUGAACAUGUGCACUCAGAGCACAAAGGACAUGCUGGAGAGGAUGGUCAACUCCUCUGACCUUCAUGGCCUGUGCCCUGCAGGGACCCCGAAGACCAUCCCUCUGGUCCUGGAGGUUUCCAGCGCCCUGGCAGAGCCGUCGCUCUCCCCUGGCUGCUCACGGCAGCAUGACCGCCGGGCCGCGGCUAACCCCUCCUGUCCCCCGUUCAGCAAACGCAGAAACAGGGACUCCCUGCACUCGAUCAACCCAGCCUUCCGCCUGGCUUCUCCAUCACCGUCGCUCAGCCGCAGCACCCUGGUUCUGGGUGAUCCACCAGACACUGGUUUCAUCGCUCUGCACUGAGGAAACCCAGAGAAAAGAGGAACGUUCGACUCUUUUAUGACCCAGAAAUGGUUCUGGAUACAGAAGGACCUUCACAAGCAUGAUGAUAGUCACGUCACAUGAAAGCACAACUGAGAUGUUUCCCCUCACCUCCUGCAGAGCCUUGGUGUUUAAGUUGCAGCAGAUACUUGUUAUGCAAGGAAAAGGAACACUGUGGGAACAUGACAGCCAUCUUAAAUUAUCAUUUCAGGAGCAAGCCUUAUGACGCAGAGGAAAAUGAGUUAAACAGUGGAAAGUAUUGAGACACCGUCAAUUUUUCACUUUUUUAUAUUGCAGCUAUUUGAUUAAAUCAAUAAAAUUCAUUUUCCCUCAUUAAUGCACACACAGCACACAUUAAAACACAGAAUUUAAGACAUUUCUGCAGAUUUAUUGACAAAGACAAACUGAAAUAUCACAUGGUCCUAAGUAUUCAGACCCUUUGCUGUGGCACUCAUAAAUUUAUCUCAGGUGCUUUCCAUUUCUUUUGCUUGUCCUUCAGAUGGUCCUACAUCUUCAUGAGUCCAGUUGUGUUUGUUACACUGGUUGGACUUGAUUAGGAAAGCCACACGCCUGUCUAUAUAAGACCUUACAGCUCACCAUGAUGUCAGAGCGAAUGAGAAUCCUGCCUGAAGAGAGACUACUGUAGCAAGGCACAGAUCUGGCCAAGGUCACAAAAACAUCUCUGCUGGACUAAAGGGUCCUAAGAGCGCAGUGACCUCCAUAAUCCUUAAAUGGCAGCCGUUUGGGACGACCAGAACUCUUCCUAGAGCCGUCCAUCUGGCCAAACUGAGCUACCGGGGGCAGAAAGCCUUGGUGAGAGAGAUAAAGAAGAACCCAAAGAUCACUGUGUCUGAGCUCCAGAGAUGCAGUCAGGAGAUGAGAGAAAGUUGUAGAAAGUCAACCAUCCCUGCAGCCCUCCACCAGUCAGGGCUUUAUGACAGAGCCGCCUGUCGGAAGCCUCUCCUCAGAGCAAGACACGAAAGCCUGCGUGGAGUUUGCUUAAAGACACCUGAAGGACCCUGAGAUGGUGAGAAAUAAGAGUCUCUGGUCUGAUGAGACCAAGAUAAAACUUUUGGCCUUAAUUCUAAGCGGUAUAUCAUCACUUGUCCAAUACAGUCCCCACAGUGAAGCAUGGCGGUGGCAGCAUCAUGCUGUAGGGGUGUAUUUCAGCUGCAGGGACAGGACGACUGGUUGCAAUCGAGGGAACGAAGAGUGUUCCAAGUACAGGGGUAUCCUGGACAAGAACCUUCUCCAGAGUGCUCAGGACCUCCGACUGGGCCGAAGGUUUACCGUCCAACAUGACAACGACCCUACGCACACGGCUAAAAUAACGAAGGAGUGGCUUCACAGCAGCCCUGUGACCGUUCUUGAAUGGCCCAGCCAGAGCCGGCCUGAGGAUCCCCAAACCCAGGUGUAAGAGACUUGUUGCAUCUCUACCAAGAAGACUCGUGGCUGUUAGCUCAAAGGUGCUUCCACUAAAUCCUGAGUAAAGGGUCUGAAUACUUAGGACCAUGUGAUGUUUCAGUUCGUCUUUUUUUAAUAAAUCUACAGGAAUGUCUCAUUUUUUUCUGUCCACAUGGGUGCUGUUUGUACAUUAAUGCAGAAAAAAGAAUUUAAUUGAUUUUAGCUAACGGCUGCAACAUAAAGUGUGAGAAAUUGACGAGUGUCUGAAUACUUUCUGUACCCACUGUAGUUGUUCUUUCAUUUGUACUUUCUUGUCAGCGUUGCGUGUUGGAGGAUGUCUCACAGUGAUGCAUCAGGAAACUAUAACUGGAUUUAAAAUGAUUUAAAGAACAACUUUGGUCAUUCUUGUAUUUUUUAAAUGUGAAGUGAAAUUAAGGUAAUGUCAGAAAUAAUAUUUCAGCGUUUUAUAUAUUUCCUUUUAUAUUUUGGACAUUAAAACGAUGUCCUGAAGCCACAUUUAGCUCUGUUGUUGGUUUGUGUUUAUCACACAUGUUUGUUUAAUGUGAUCUGCUGCAAAUUUUCUCAGAUUAAUAUUUUGUGAUGUCACAGAGGUCUUUCAGGAUAUUAUUCUUUCAGGGCUUCAUCCUGAGAGUCAGCAGUGAGGCCGGUACACCAGGGGGCAGCAUGGGUCUUAGCGCUGUGGCAGAAAUGCCUUGUUUUGUGUGUCCUGUUUAUAUUUUUGUAUGUAGAUGGUGGGUUUGCUGUAGGUUGUGUCAGUGAUUAAAGCAGCAGACAUGUUUGUAAUUUGUAGUUUAACAGGGAAACUGGAACGUCUGUUCAAUAAAUCUGAUCAGAUUUGA